AUGGACACACAGAACAGAGAGACACGACACACAUCUGCUGUAGAGGAUAAGUACGUCUGGUUUGGUCUGCAGGCCUGGUUCAAGCUACAACACAGCUGGAGAACAUACAACCUCCCAGGCUCUCUCACCCUCCUUCCAACCUCCCAGGCUCUCUCACCCUCCUUCCAACCUCCCAGGGUCUCCCACCCUCCUUCCAACCUCCCAGGCUCCCACCCUCCUUCCAACCUCCCAGGCUCUCUCACCCUCCUUCCAACCUCCCAGGCUCUCUCACCCUCCUUCCAACCUCCCAGGCUCUCCCACCCUCCUUCCAAACUCCCAGGCUCUCUCACCCUCCUUCCAACCUCCCAGGCUCCCCCACCCUGCUUCCAACCUUCCAGGCUCUCUCACCCUCGUCCCAACCUCUCAGGCUCUCCCACCCUCCUUCCAACCUCCCAGGCUCCCCCACCCUGCUUCCAACCUUCCAGGCUCUCUCACCCUCGUCCCAACCUCUCAGGCUCUCUCACCCUCCUUCCAACCUCCCAGGCUCUCCCACCCUCCUUCCAACCUCCCAGGCUCUCUCACCCUCCUUCCAACCUCCCAGGGUCUCCCACCCUUCUUCCAACCUUCCAGGCUCUCUCACCCUCGUCCAAACCUCCCAGGGUCUCCCACCCUCCUUCCAACCUCCCAGGCUCUCCCACCCUCCUUCCAACCUCCCAGGGUCUCCCACCCUCCUUCCAACCUCCCAGGGUCUCCCAUCCUCGUCCCAACCUCCCAGGGUCUCCCACCCUCCUUCCAACCUCCCAGGGUCUCCCACCCUCCUUCCAACCUCCCAGGGUCUCCCAUCCUCGUCCCAACCUCCCAGGGUCUCCCACCCUCCUUCCAACCUCCCAGGGUCUCCCACCCUCCUUCCAACCUCCCAGGGUCUCCCACCCUCCUUUCAACCUCCCAGGCUCUCCCACCCUCCUUCCAACCUCCCAGGCUCCCCCACCCUCCUUCCAACCUCCCAGGCUCUCUCACCCUCCUUCCAACCUCCCAGGGUCUCCCACCCUCCUUCCAACCUCCCAGGGUCUCCCACCCUCCUUCCAACCUCCCAGGGUCUCCCACCCUCCUUUCAACCUCCCAGGCUCUCUCACCCUCCUUCCAACCUCCCAGGCUCUCCCACCCUCCUUCCAACCUCCCAGGCUCUCCCACCCUCCUUCCAACCUCCCAGGGUCUCCCACCCUCCUUCCAACCUCCCAGGCUCUCCCACCCUCCUUCCAACCUCCCAGGGUCUCCCACCCUCCUUCCAACCUCCCAGGCUCUCCCACCCUCCUUCCAACCUCCCAGGGUCUCCCAUCCUCGUCCCAACCUCCCAGGGUCUCCCACCCUCCUUCCAACCUCCCAGGGUCUCCCACCCUCCUUUCAACCUCCCAUGCUCUCCCACCCUCCUUCCAACCUCCCAGGGUCUCCCACCCUCCUUCCAACCUCCCAGGGUCUCCCAUCCUCGUCCCAACCUCCCAGGGUCUCCCAUCCUCGUCCCAACCUCCCAGGGUCUCCCACCCUCCUUCCAACCUCCCAGGGUCUCCCACCCUCCUUUCAACCUCCCAUGCUCUCCCACCCUCCUUCCAACCUCCCAGGGUCUCCCACCCUCCUUCCAACCUCCCAGGGUCUCCCACCCUCCUUCCAACCUCCCAGGGUCUCCCAUCCUCGUCCCAACCUCCCAGGGUCUCCCACCCUCCUUCCAACCUCCCAGGGUCUCCCACCCUCCUUUCAACCUCCCAGGCUCUCUCACCCUCCUUUCAACCUCCCAGGCUCUCUCACCCUCCUUCCAACCUCCCAGGCUCUCCCACCCUCCUUCCAACCUCCCAGGCUCUCUCACCCUCCUUCCAACCUCCCAGGGUCUCCCAUCCUCGUCCCAACCUCCCAGGGUCUCCCACCCUCCUUCCAACCUCCCAGGCUCUCUCACCCUCCUUCCAACCUCCCAGGGUCUCCCACCCUCCUUCCAACCUCCCAGGCUCCCACCAGAGAUAG